GUUUCUUUAGUUGUAUGAAAUUUCUAGUAUCAAGAAACUGAGAGGAGGAUGAUGAAAAGAUCUCCAUUUAGUUACAAGAUGAGGCAUAGUCUCUCUGAUAUCACUAACUCUCAGCCUCACCAAGAGCUUAAUACUGGUUUCGAAUCACGUGAACACGUAAACCGGCUAAUGAAGGAGAAUAUAGCAUUGGUUAAGCUUCUUGAGGAUAGAGAUAAAACGAUUGAGCUAAGUAGAUAUGAAUUGCGGAAUCUACGCGAAGGCAUGCACAAUUUGCAAGUACAAAAUCUGAGCCUUGCACAAUCCAAUUCCCAAUUCGUAGGCGAGAUCAAUUUAGCCAGAACCAAGGUGAAAGCAUUGCACCAUGAGGUUAACUGCAAAAAUGCUCUGCUUAAGGCUAAAUUUUGGGAACAAGAGAGAGGUGAAAAAACACAACCAAGAAAUGCACUAUCAACUGAGAAGGUGAUAAAUACAUCGGACGAAGACUCAUCAUUAGAGACACCAUCACCGAGACCUUUUGUACCAAAUAGAAGGCGAUUCAUCAGAAGCAAAUCCAUAGGAGCAUCUACUACACACAAGAUUGAGGCAGAAAAGGAGAAAUCUGAAACCAAAAGGAGGCGGUCAAGAAGGAGAACAGCUAGAGUGAGAUCAGCAACGUACGAAGAAACAGAGAAUCUAUUUGAGAUUGAAGAUCUUGAGCUUACUAUGCCACCUAAUGAGAUAUGUCGACAAGAUAAACCGAAAAUGGCCUCGCAUACUCGAAAGAAGGAAGAUUUACGAGCAAUACAUCAAGAUUGUAAGGUCCAUAAAUCACCAGUCGAUCAACCAUUGCGUAGAGCAGCUGAGAAGAUACAUCCUUAUAUGUCGUUCGUUACUAAUAUGAGAAGGUCCUAAUACAUUGGUAGAGAAAAUGUUUGUAAUGCGACCGUUUUGUCUUGAGAGUU